UUACUUGGGCAGGUGCGGCUCGCACAACUUUCGUGCUUGGUUGCUGCACGUAGCUACCCCCGAGUGCCUUCUUUGGGCUCUCUCGUCUUGCAGUUGCGCAAGCCACUCGGGGCUGGUUCCUGCCAUGCCGCUGGUCCGCUACAGGAAGGUGGUGAUCCUCGGGCACCGCUCUGUAGGGAAGACAUCUUUGGCACAUCAGUUUGUGAAAGGCGAGUUCUUGGAAUGCUAUGAUCCUACAGUGGAGAAUGCUUACAGCAAGAUAGUGACUCUUGGCAAAGAUGAGUUUCACCUACACCUGGUGGACACAGCAGGGCAGGAUGAAUACAGCAUUCUGCCCUAUUCAUUCAUCGUUGGGAUCCAUGGUUAUGUGCUUGUGUAUUCUGUCACCUCUUUGCAUAGCUUCCAUAUCAUUGAGAAUCUGUACCAGAAGCUACACCAAGGCCAUGGGAAGACCCAGUUGCCAGUGGUGCUAGUGGGGAACAAGGCAGAUCUUUCUUCAGAUAGAGAGGUGCAGGCAGUCCAAGGGAAGAAACUAGCAGAGUCCUGGGGUGCAACGUUUAUGGAGUCAUCUGCUCGAGAGCAUCAGCUGACUCAAAGCAUCUUCACCAGAGUUAUCCAGGAGAUUGCCCGUGUGGAGAAUUCCUAUGAGCAAGAUCAUCGAUGCUGUCUCAUGUGAACUCUCAGGCAUGGGGUGACUGCCUUGUUUCUGCCCUUGGCAAAUGCUUCAGUGAGGGCAGACCCUCAGGACUUUAUGGGUAUGGUUGCCAGUGUGUCUAUGGCCUUAUGGGAACAGUGUGGUACCCUCACAUUUGCAUACCUUCCCUAGGCUCCAGUGGCCUGGGUGUCAAUGUUUACAAAAGGGCAGGGGUGUCCCAUGGGCACUGGCCCCUAUCCCUAUUUGUUCUAAAUGAACUGCUAUAAUAUGCAGAAUUGGUAAUUGAGUCCUCUGAUUGUUUGUCAAGGGCUCAUUCUGUGUAGGUUUCAGGUGUUGGGUGGGUAAGGAGAGCUAGGGACUCCUGAAAGAGUUGACUCCCUGGGCUGACAAUGCAUAUAUGCAAAUAAAAUCAACAAUCAUUUGUG